AACCCAAUAUAUCUGAAGUGUAUCCGUUUAUCCGUGAAGUGAUGCCAGUCUCUACGGAAACCGUAUGUCAACAAAAUAGAACAACUUGCAGUUGAUAGUUGUAAAUUUUUUAGAGGGACAGCUUCAUUUCCAAAUCAAUAUGUAUAAGAGAAGGAUGAAAGACAAGAGGGGAAAGCGCUCCCCACAAAGAAGGAGACGUAAAAAUCACGAAAGAGAUGCUAAAUAUUCAUCAAGUAACUGCAGAGUAGUAUGUUAUGGCCCACCUAAAGAUAAAGUAUGUGGUUGGGAAAGGAACAAAAGGCGGUGUAGACGUGGAUCUGGAUCACGUGGGCGCCACAGAAGCGGCAGUCGUCAUAGGAGUGGAAGUCGUCACAGGAGUGGAAGUCGUAAGAGACAUGGAAGUCGUCACAGAAGUGGAAGUCGUAAGAGACAUGGAAGUCGUGACAGAAGUGGAAGUCGUAAGAGACAUGGAAGUCGUCACAGGAGCGGAUCUCGCCAUAGAAGUGGAAGUCGUCAUCGAAGCGGUAGUCGUCAUAGAAGUGGAAGUCGGGGCCGAAGAAGCAAAAGUCCACCUGAAAAAAUACCAGUAAUAGAUCAAAAACCCGUUGUACAAGAUGAGGAAGAGGAAGUCAACAAACGUUUCCAUGUUCUUGGUAUCGAUUUCAACAUUCCUCUUAACACCAAGGAUCAUCACACAGACAAAUUCGAAUGCACCGAGGAAAGAGUAAGAGAGAGCGAUAGCAAAAAACUUCCAGCUGAGUUGGUUGUCCGUAGGGGUCAGUCCUUCACAUUGACCAUUACUUUUGACAGAGAAUAUGACAAGAAGGAGAACGAUUUAGAGUUCUGUUUCACAACAGGAUCUAGACCGAAACCACCGAAAGGUACAGCUGUUGAAUUCGAUAUGGACGAAAAUGCCAAUGGCACCGGUCAUCAUUCCGAAUGGUAUGCGAAGAUGGUUGAGAAAAAAGGCAACACAAUCAAAGUAGAGAUUAAACCUGCAUGCAACUGUAUAAUUGGGGAAUGGGAAUUCUCUAUUCUAACGUCAUCGCAAAUUCAAGCUGAAGAUGACCCAUUGUUAUUCAAGUAUACAAGUGGCAGCGAUAUCACUAUUUUACUGAACCCAUGGUGUGAACAUGACGACUGCUACCUAGCAACAACCAGUCUGUUAAAUGAGUAUGUUUUAAAUGACACUGGAGCAGUUUUUCAAGGCAACCAUAAACAAAUCAACGCAAAAGUCUGGAACUUUGCGCAGUUUGAAAAUAAGGUUUUGGAGAUAAGUUUGGAUCUUUUACUGGAACAUUUUGGUGGUCAGCCAACUAUUGAUAUGAGUGACCCCAUUAAACUGUCAAGAGCUAUCACAGAAGUUGUAAAUGCAAAUGAUGGUGGCGUUUUGGUUGGAAAUUGGAGCGGAAAAUAUGAGGAUGGAGUUUCACCAACCAUGUGGUCUAGCAGUGAAAGUAUUCUCAACAAGUAUGACGAGACAAAAGAGAGCGUCAAAUACGGACAGUGUUGGGUUUUCUCAGCCAUAACUACAACUGUAUGUCGAGCAUUAGGACUGCCAUGUCGGAGUGUAACAAAUUUUAGUUCGGCCCACGACUCAGAUGGAAGUGUAGCUAUUGAUGAAGAAUAUGAAAAAGAUAAAAAGACUGGAAAACUAAAAAGACUUAAAACUGGAGAUUCAGUAUGGAAUUUCCAUGUAUGGAAUGAGUGUUGGAUGACCCGAAAUGAUCUUGGGAACGGCUAUGAUGGUUGGCAAGUCAUUGAUGCAACACCACAAGAAGUUAGUGGAGGUGUUUACAGAUGUGGACCUGCUCCAGUUACUGCAAUAAAGCGAGGAGAACUUGGCAGAAUGCAGUAUGACCUGCCAUUUGUAUUUGCUGAAGUCAACGCUGAUGUUAUUAAAUGGGUUAAACUUUCAUCAUCGAAAUGGGAAAAACUUGAUGUAGACACAUCUAGAGUUGGUAAAAAUAUAAGUACGAAAGAGCCAGAUGGUAAACCAUACGACAAAAAUCAGUCACUAUUUCCAUGGAAUUGGGGUAAAGAUGAUGGACGUCUUGAUAUUACACAUGAAUACAAAUACAAAGAAGGAACUUUAGAAGAACGGCUAGCAGUGCAAAAUGCUGGUAAAGCAUCUAAGAAAGUACGACAAGUUGACGAAGCUGAACAUAUGGAUGUGGUGAUGGAUAUUGUUGGUAAUGACGGUAUUUUACUCGGAGGCAACUUUGACGUGGAGGUCAAGGUAAAAAACCAAGCUAAAGACCAUAAAGUACGAACCAUCACAGUUCUGGAUAUUGGUGUAGAACCAAAGCUGUACACUGGUGAAACUGGCGACGAAUUUGCUGAAAAGCGGUACAAUGACAUCCGAUUGAAAUAUGAAGAAGAGGAAACAUUCAAGUUCACACUGAAACCAGAUGACUACCUGGACCAUCUCGAAGAACAAUAUAUGAUGAAUAUAACUGCUACCGCUCAAGUCAAAGAGACUGGCAAAGUACAUAUCAAAGAAGAAGAUUACAGACUCAGGAGACCAGAUAUAGAAGUUGAGGCUCCAAAAUCUGGAAAAAGAUACAAACCGUAUGAAAUAAAUGUGUCUCUGAAAAAUCCAUUAUCUAAACCAAUGACGAAAUGUGUUGUUCAUGUGGAAGCUAACGGUAUAGUGAACGUGGAGGAAAAAAUCAGCGACAUUCCUGCAAAUUCAACAUGGAAGCACUCAAUUACAAUAAAGGCCAAAAGAUAUGGAAAAAUAACCAUGAACGUCACUUUGGAUUGUGUGGAGAUCAAAGAUAUAACUGGCUACGCAAAUAUUGAAAUUGAGCCAUAAAGUGGAAAAUUGUAUUUUAAAGUUAGAACAAUUUGUUUAUU